AUGACGAACGGUAAGCAGAUGUUCGUGUACGUAGCAGUACUGGUGAUGGUUCUGCAACGGUUGGGGUAUAACCGUAAUAUAGCUGAGGGAUAUCAAGAAGAAGAUUUGGUGACGAAGCUGCCUGGGCAACCGGAAGUUACAUUCAGACAAUUCGCUGGUUAUGUCGAUGUCGACGUCAAAGCUGGUCGGAGCCUCUUUUAUUACUUCGUCGAAGCUGAGAAGCAACCACAAACUAAACCCAUAACCCUUUGGCUUAAUGGAGGGCCAGGCUGCUCUUCCAUUGGGGGAGGAGCUUUCACAGAGUUGGGUCCAUUUUACCCCACUGGAGAUGGUCGUGGCCUCCGCAAAAACUCCAAAUCUUGGAACAAAGCCUCAAAUCUGUUGUUUGUGGAUUCACCGGCUGGAGUAGGAUGGUCUUACUCGAACACUACUUCAGAUUACACCACAGACGAUGAAUCCACUGCCAAGGAUAUGCUGGUGUUCUUGUUAAGAUGGUUAGAAAAGUUUCCAGAAUUCAGGACACGAAACCUCUUUCUCGCCGGUGAAAGCUACGCAGGACACUAUAUACCUCAACUAGCUGAUGUAAUACUUGAAUACAACUCAAGACGCUCAAACAGAUUCAAGUUCAAUCUCAAGGGCAUUGCAAUCGGCAAUCCACUUCUGAAGCUUGACCGAGAUGUUCCAGCCACGUAUGAGUUCUUCUGGUCACACGGGAUGAUCUCUGAUGAACUUGGCCUCACUAUCAUGAACCAAUGCAACUUUGAAGAUUACACAUUCUCAAGUUCACACAACAUAAGCAAACCUUGUGAAGACGCAAUGAGUGAAGCCGGAACCAUAAUCACUCAAUACGUCAAUUACUACGACGUGCUCCUUGAUAUCUGCUAUCCAACCCUUGUCGAGCAAGAGCUCAGACUCAAGAAAAUGGGUACAAAGAUGAGUGUUGGGGUGGACGUGUGCAUGAGCUACGAAGAGCAAUUGUAUCUGACUCUUCCUGAGGUUCAACAGGCUCUUCAUGCUAACCGAACAAAUCUGCCAUAUUCAUGGUCUAUGUGCAGCGGCCUCUUAAACUAUAGUGACACUGAUGGGAACUUGAACAUACUUCCGAUUCUUAAGAGAAUCGUGAAGAGGAAAAUCCCUGUUUGGGUCUUCAGUGGGGAUGAAGAUUCCGUGAUUCCUCUUCUAGGUUCAAGGACUCUGGUAAAAGAACUAGCAGAGGAUCUCAACUUCAACACUACAGUUCCCUAUGGAGCUUGGUUCCACAAAGGACAGGUUGGCGGAUGGGUAAUAGAGUAUGGGGAUAUACUGACAUUCGCAACUGUUAGAGGAGCUGCUCAUAUGGUGCCAUACGCGCAGCCUUCACGAGCUUUGCAUUUGUUCAGCAGCUUUGUGCUUGGCCGGAGGUUGCCAAAUAGAUCCCCUCCUCCUCUUCAUGAUUGA